AUGGUUUCCAACGUCACUAUUCCCAAGCUUAGGGAUCCUACCUUAUUCAAGGAAUCUGCCUUUAUCAAUAACGAAUGGACUGACAAAGGUGUCACUGAAAGGUUCAGCGUUAUCGACCCUGCCACUGAUAAGGAGAUUGGUCAAUUGCCUGAUAUGGGCACCCAAGAAACCAAAGAAGCUAUCCAAGCCGCUUCCGAUGCCUUCAAGACAUGGUCCAAAACCUCUGGGAAAGAACGUCAUGACCUUCUAUUAAAAUGGUACCGUGCUAUGCUGGAUAAUCAAGAAGAUCUUGCUACUAUUUUGACUUGGGAAAAUGGUAAAACCUAUACUGAAGCCAAGGGCGAAAUCACCUACGCUGCUUCCUUCUACGAAUGGUUCGCCGAAGAAGCCGUACGUACUUACGGUACUGUUAUUCCUUCCCAUUUGCCCGGUCAACGCUUUGUUACCAUCAAACAACCUGUUGGUGUAGUUGGUAUCAUCACUCCUUGGAACUUCCCUGCCGCUAUGAUUACUCGUAAAGUGGGUGCUGCUCUUGCUGCGGGUUGUACAGUUGUUAUUAAGCCUGGAGCUGAAACCCCUUACUCUGCUCUCGCUUUAGCUGAAUUAGCUAAGCGUGUUGGCAUCCCUGCUGGUGUAGUUAACAUUAUUCCUACCCAUAAUCAUGUUGCUGAUGUUGGUAAAGAACUUUGUACAAACCCCAUUGUCAAAAAGAUUUCUUUCACUGGCUCAACCAAUGUUGGUAAGCUAUUGAUGUCGCAAUCUUCAGGCACCAUGAAGAAAGUUUCUAUGGAAUUGGGUGGUAAUGCAGCAUUUAUUGUAUUUGAUGAUGCCAAUAUUUCCACUGCUGUUGAUGCUAUUGUUGCUUGCAAGUUCAGAGGCACCGGUCAAACCUGUGUUUGCGCCAACCGUAUCUUUGUUCAAAAGAGCGUCUAUAAAGAAUUCGCUGAUCGUCUUGUUGAGAAAGUCAAGAGUUUCAAGAUUGGUCACGGAUUUGACGAGGAUACUACACAUGGUCCAUUAAUCAAUUCCAAGGGGGUGGAUAAGGUGAAGAGUCAUGUUGAAGAUGCUGUCAGUAAGGGCGCCGAAGUUCUUAUUGGCGGUAAACAUGCUGGCGGUAACUUUUUUGAACCUACUGUUCUCUCCAACAUGCGAUCUGAUAUGCAAAUUCAAAUUGAAGAAACAUUCGGUCCUGUCGCCGCCUUGUUUCCCUUUGAAACCGAAGAAGAAGUUGUUUCUUUGGCCAAUGACACACCUUUCGGUCUAGCUAAUUACUUCUUUUCUCGUGAUGUUGGCCGAUGCUGGCGUGUGGCUGAACAAUUAGAAAGUGGUAUGGUGGGUGUCAACACAGGUAUCAUCUCAAGUUGUUAUACUCCUUUCGGUGGUGUGAAGGAGUCUGGUCUAGGUCGUGAAGGCUCACAGUUUGGUAUCGAUGAUUAUAUGCACAUCAAAUAUAUCAAUAUGGCUGGUAUUUAA